GUGGAGAGAGAGAGAGAGAGAGCAGCUAGCUGACGCAGCAGCAGCAGCAUCUAGCAACACUUAGCGGGUCCGUAGAAAACUGGGUGUGAGUCUCCCCCCUUAGCCUUUGGUGAUUAUUAUUGUUUACAAUGAAGAAAUUAAAAGGGCCCACAUCCUGACGUCCGCUCUCUGGCCCCUGACGGUCUUGCGGCGGCGUCGAUGACUGACAUGGACGCUUGUGACAAUAAGGAUGUGAAGCUUUCAGCCGAAGUGGAACCGUUCAUCCCACAGAAGAAAGGUCUCGACGGAGCCCUUGUCAGCAUGAGUCUAUCUGGAGAUGCAGGUGGAGGAGGAGGCGGUGGAGGUAUAGGGGGAGGCGGCGGAGGGGUGGAAACCACUCCCAUACCCAGCUACCUCAUCACCUGUUACCCCUUUGUCCAGGAGAACCAACCCAACAGGCAACAUCCCAUGUAUAAUGGAGGGGAGCUGCGCUGGCAGCAGCCUAACCCCAGCCCUGGUGGUUCAUACCUGGCCUACCCCAUCUUGUCUUCCCCCCAGCCUCCUGUCUCCAAUGACUACGCUUAUUACCAGAUUAUGCCUGCUCCAUGCCCACCUGUGAUGGGCUUCUACCAGCCCUUCCCUGGCACAUAUGCAGGUCCAGUGCAAGCUGGAGUGGUCAACCCUGUCUCAGCAGAUGUUGGAGAAAGACCAUUGUCCCUUGGGCCGGCGUAUGGGAUGGCCAGUCAGAGGGGGAGAGGCAUAGUCCGACCUAAUCUUCUCCCAAAGCAACAGUUGGGUGUGAGCCAGCCUCCAAGAGGUCGCCGGCCUCCAACCAGGAGUGUAGCUGUACAGAAAGAAGUGUGCACCUUUGGGCCAGAUGGAAGGACAAAGACCGUCCUGCUGGUUGAUGCAGCACAGCAGACGGAUUUCCCAGGUGAAGUGUCAGGACGAUGUGCUGCUGAGCGAGGUAGUCCCCUGUUGUGGAAAAACCGAACAAAGAGAAGAAUGGCGUCUCAUCCAGGUGAAAGCUACAACGAGCAGGGCACCAGUGAGGCAGAUAUAGACAGCGACAGCGGCUACUGCAGCCCCAAACACAACCAGGCAACUGGGGUAACACAACGACCAGCAGAAAAUACAGCAGCACCACCAGGAGUAGAAGCUGGUGUAAUGACAGCAGGUACCUGGGUAAAUGUAGCCUCUCAAGCGAACCCAAAGCCAUGGGGGGAAAGAAAUGGCCAGUUUCACAGAGCAGAUCAGAGGAAGAAUCCUGAACAGAGGAACUUCUCACAGGAUUUCCAUAGUGGCUACCCAGCACGGGUGCCUCCCAACCAGUCAGAACAAAGGCUGCAGCCAGCAGUGAGCGCAGGCACUGAGCUCACCCCGGAGCCACUUUACUUUGAGGAUGAAGAGGAGUUCCCAGAUCUUGCCACAGGAGGAGCUGCUCAACGCACCAAACAAGAACCUGCUCCAGGCCAGACACACACACAACCUAAACUACCCAAAAACCUGCUGGAUAACCUACCAGAAAACUCGCCUAUCAACAUUGUGCAGACACCCAUCCCCAUCACUACCUCUGUUCCCAAGAGGGCCAAGAGCCAGAGGAAGAAGGCUCUAGCUGCUGCCUUGGCCACAGCACAGGAGUACUCUGAAAUCAGCAUGGAACAGAAGAAAUUACAGGAGGUGGUCACCAAAGCAGCAGGGAAGAAGAGUAAAGCCUCUGUGGAGCUGGACCUGGGAGACAUGCUGGCAGCUUUGGAGAAACAUCAGCAGGCCAUGAAGGCCAGACAACUCAACAAUACCAAGCCACUGUCCUUCACAGUUGGAACGACGACUCCAUUCCAUGGUUCAGGCUCUUCCAAUGUAUCUUCGAUGUUGAAGGGUCAUCAGCAGCCAUUCUCAGCCCAACACAAUGCCCUGGAUUCCACUGCUCCCCGUAUAAAGAGAGGGAAGGAGAGAGAGAUCCCCAAAGUUAAACGGCCGACAGCCCUUAAGAAGAUAAUCUUGAAGGAGCGUGAAGGAAAGAAAGGAAAAACGAGUGUAGAACAAGAGUCUUCAGGCCAGGAGGAACAGGGGGAUGAGAGUCUUCAUUUUACUGAUGAUCUUCCACGAGAGCCUGCCUCCCAAGAAGAAAAUGGUCUAAGUGUGCCCAGCGAUGCAUCUCUCUCCCCAGCCAGUCAGAACUCUCCAUACAGCAUCACCCCUGUGUCUCAGGGUUCUCCAGCCAGCUCUGGCAUUGGGAGUCCCAUGGCUUCAAAUGCAAUCACUAAGAUCCACAGCAGACGUUUCAGGGAGUACUGUAAUCAGGUUCUGAGUAAGGAGAUAGACGAGAGCGUCACUAUGCUGCUACAGGAACUAGUCCGCUUCCAGGAGCGGGUCUACCAGAAGGAUCCCACCAAGGCCAAAUCCAAACGCCGCCUGGUCAUGGGUCUCAGAGAAGUCACCAAACACAUGAAGUUGCACAAGAUAAAGUGUGUGAUCAUAUCUCCAAACUGUGAGAAGAUCCAGGCCAAAGGUGGUUUGGAUGAAGCUUUAUAUAAUGUGAUUGCCAUGGCAAGGGAGCAGGAGAUCCCUUUUGUUUUUGCCUUGGGCAGAAAAGCUCUUGGACGCUGUGUGAACAAACUAGUGCCCGUUAGUGUGGUUGGCAUUUUCAACUAUUCUGGAGCUGAGGGUCUUUUCAACCGUUUGGUGUCUCUGACAGAAGAGGCUAGAAAGGCCUACAAGGACAUGGUGUCAGCUCUGGAGCAGGAGCAGGCUGAGGAAGCUAUGAAAAACGACAAGAAAGUCCCGCACCACAUGGGACACACCCGCAACCACUCUGCUGCUUCUGCUAUCUCCUUCUGCUCCAUCUUCUCUGAACCUAUCUCAGAGGUCAAUGAAAAAGAGUAUGAGACAAAUUGGAGGAGUAUGGUGGAGUCUUCAGAUGCCCUGGAGCCUGUAGAGGCUGAGCCAAGCCGCCCUGCACCCUCCACAGCUGCCCAGAAAGACACUGAGGCUGUAACAGCCACCACUAACACUGCCCCAACCGGAUCAUCUGUUCCGCAGCCCAGGACGGGGCCUCCUGCACAGGGUCCCGGUGACAGAGAUGAGGUCCGGGUCGAUGACAGGCUGGAGCUGGCCUCUCAGCAAAGCACCGAGACGGGCUCCCUUGACGGGAGCUGCAGGGGCCCGCUGAACUCCUCCAUCACCUCCACCACCUCAACCCUUGUCCCCGGAAUGCUGGAGGAGGCAGAGGAGGAGGACGAGGAAGAGGAGGACUACACUCCCGAACCUAUUUCCGUAGAGGUGCCAACCCUUAGCAGCCGCAUCGAAUCAUGGGUGUCAAAGACCCUGGAGAACCUGCAGCUGGGAAAGAGUCAGGAAAGUACAGAAGAGGAGGAGGAGGAGGAGGAAGAGGAGGAAGACGAUGAGGAGGAGAGAGUGCAGAGUGAGGAUGAGGAGGACAUUGAUUCAGUGGACAUUACAGAGACGAUGGUGGAGGGUAAAGAGCAGGUGGAAGCUAAGAAGAUUGCAGGUUGAUAUCCUCUCUCUUCCUCUGUUCUGACAUGUACUCAUUCCCUGUCGCUCUCACACAUCAAUCCUUAAAGCAGCCAGCAGCUUUUCUCCUUCGUCUCUAACCUGACACCACAUAAUCUCAGGUAUCAAACCAACUGACCAACAAAAACACGCAGACCAUUAAUUCAUUACAGAGAAGUUUACCACCUUACACAGGAUGACACACAACGACAACUAGCACAGUUUUAGAAGAAGAAAUGAACAUCUCUUAUGAAUAACGCUUAUCUUGUCAUUUAAAAGGUUGCCCUCACUCUUCGGCCCAUAACCUGCUACACUUGAAUUCAGAGGAAAGUUUUUGAUUUUCCUCCUCCGAAGCUGAACUCUCUCAGAGUCAGGAACGUUUUUGGAGCAAGUGGGGAGCCCUUGAAAAUGAGGAUGAAGGUUGGAACCUUUCAGCUCCCAUCUUACUUUAUACAGAGCCUUGAAGGUUUACAGCUCUACAAGUAUUUGUGUGCUCAUGUCUGCUUGACAGGCACAUCCUUUGCAUUUGUUUUGCUGUGUUCAUUAGCUUUAUCUGUGUAAAUAAUGUGUGUUCUUAUUUUCCACCUGACUGCUCCAAGAGGAAACGAGAGACAUGCAUUUCUUAAUUAUUGGGUGGUCUAUAUUUAGUUACAGUGUCAGGUGUUCUUCUGUGUUUCUAACAAAACCACUCCCACCUGUCGGUCUUCAGAGUUUGUUUUCAAUGUUCAAAUAAUAAGUGGCCCAUUCUGUAUAUUCAGAUGAUUCAAACGACUUAACUUCUAAGAAGCAAAAACAAGCUGUGUGUAUAUAACCUAGUCUGUGUGUGCUUCUACUACAGUAUAUAAUGGUUUGUCAUAUUGAUCUUGCCCAGUGUGACUAUUUGGGGUUCUUUUCUUCUGACAUCAUUUUGAGUUCGCGGGUAGUGUUUGUGCUUCAUAAAAAAAAGAUCUCCUGCUUUGUUUUCUGGUAUUUGUUCCAUGAUAGUGGACUCUCAAGCUGUCUUGUCUGGUAAUAUCCUAACACCAUUUUUUGUCAAAUUUAUCUUUGAUAAGCUUGUCUGUGUGGCGUACAGAAUUAUGAAAAUCUAAAAAGUGUAACAGGGUUCUUUAGUUGUUUUUACCAGUGUUGACUCUUCUUCCUUCAAAAUAAUAAACCGAAGAUGACAAGCAGGUGUUUACUAGCCAGUUAUCAUGAGGUUUGACGAUACUCAAGUUUACAAAACGUGAAACAUGUUUGUUUAAACUUGAAGUCAGUCCUAGUUGAGCUCCUCUACAUUUUAUAAAUAGGCUUUGUGGGCACUGAGCUACAGCUGCCUGUCUGAACUCCGUUCACCACAGCUGAGAGACUCCGUCAUUGGAGCAGAGUCACCACUGAAGUCAAACGAGUCGUCACAAAGUCAUGCACACAUUAAUGAGAAACCUUUGUAAAUACAAGUGUACAAAGAGAUUUUGAUUUUGCAUUGUAUUUAAAAUAAAAUCCAAUCAUCCUGUUCUUAAAGCCAUUUGAUAGUUUUAACAUUCAAACAGUUGGAAUCCAAUUUUGAUAAUGGUAUUUGAUAGUGAACCCUUGUGAGAUUUCAGCCAGUAGAUGGUGAUGCAGUUAGUAAAUGCAGUAAGUCGGGCUGUAUGCAAUGUGAAGCCCUCAUAUGGGAGACGACGGCGUACUUGAUAUCAUACUUGGGAUUCUGAAUGUGUUUCUAGUUUGAUAAAAGGUACUCUGUGUAGGCUUUUUGUUGCUAUGACUUCCAUCAGUGUUUGAAGUAUGUUAAUUGACAGAGAGUGUGUUUUUUGCACUAUGUAAAUACGUAAUGGUAAAGGUCUUGUAACUAAUGUGAACAAAACAAAAAACAAAAAAACGGUUCAAUGAAGUACUUUUUUCAGCGUGUUCCUCGUCUUUCUAUGGAUAUUUAAGACCGUCUCCUCCAGACUGUACAUCACUAGCAACAUUGUCAGAGGCUGUUUCUCAUAAUCCUGUUGUCACUCUUAACCUAUAUGAACUGAUGAUUAACAUCAUUAAAAUGUUGUUUAUGUAAA